AUGGAGAGAUCCAAAGAUAAAGUAGUGGAGAUUAUACCAGAGACUGUAAACGACGGAAGCAAAGAAGCCAAGCCUAAACCUCCACAACCACAAGUAAAAAAAGGGGAGAAGCCAGCUUCACCUGAAAAGGCACAAAUACACAAAGAAGACAUAGUGAAAGCUGAAAAGACUAUUUCUCAUGGUAAACCAGAAGAGAAAGUCCUCAAGCAGGUAAAAACUGUCACAAUAGAAAAAACAGUCAAGCCCAAACCAGAAAAAAAAGCUGAACAUCAAGAAAAAGAACUUCCCUCUGUAAAAGCAGACAAACAAAAAACAAUUUCAAAACGAGCAUCAGAAGACACAGAAUCAGGUAAAUAUUUAUUUCCACAGAAGUGGUAACAUAACUC